AGCAGUGAAAUCUGCCCCCGACACUUUGUGACUUUUGUUAUUGCAUCAAAGCCAGCUAACGCGUUAGCUUCGCCCGAAUCACUUUUAUCCGUCCUUCUCAGUAAUGUCAGCUAUGAGAAACAGAGCCGGACCGAGACUGUUAGAGCGGACUGUUAGCUAGCUUCACGUUGUUUUGCACCGUCGUUAAACCCUGCGAACAAGAGGUUUCUUUGCUGUUAGCUUGAAAAGAUACUUUUACAGCAAGUUAGCUUAAGCUAAUCUCUCAGCGUUUACCGUUGGCUUAAUUACACCCCUGUUUAAUGUAAACAGCUAUGCAAACGUUAUUCCUAUAUGUCCUUUAUCCUAUGUUGAGUGACAGCUAACGUUACGUGAACCAUUGUUUGAGAUGAGCGUCGACCCUCUUUCUCAAGACUGACCUGCGGCAACAAAUCCUUUAACAAGUUAUGUUAUGCCCUUAUGAAGAUUUUUGCAGUGUAGUCCUGCAGGUUUUCCUAUUGUUUGGAUGGAAAUGUCUGCAAACCACAGCUCCCUUCUCCUUCAGACCCCAGUGGACCCAGUUCAGACAAUGGGCCAAGCCCAGCCUCCAGCGACAGUAUGAAAAUGAUAGGGAGAAAACAAAGACACUGAACGGUUUUAAAGAUGACCACUUCAUGGAGCGACAGACUGCAGAACUUUGCAGACUUGCCUGCAAACAUGGACCGCGUGACGAUGAAAAAAUACAGAAGAGAGCCAUACCACAGAGUGUUUGUCAACAGAAGCUUGGCAAUGGAGAAGAUUAAAUGCUUUGGCUUUGACAUGGAUUACACUUUAGCAGUGUACAAGUCACCAGAGUACGAGUCCCUGGGUUUCGAGCUGACGGUGGAGCGGCUGGUCUCCAUCGGUUACCCGCAGGAGCUGCUCAGCUUCGUCUACGACCCGACUUUCCCCACCAGGGGCCUUGUGUUUGAUACCAUGUAUGGGAACCUGUUGAAGGUUGAUGCCUACGGUAACAUCCUGGUCUGCUGCCAUGGAUUCAACUUCCUCCGAGGCCCUGAGAUCCGCGAACGGUACCCAAACAAGUUCAUCCAGAGGGAUGACACCGAGCGCUUUUAUAUCCUUAACACACUCUUCAACCUGCCAGAGACCUACCUCUUUGCUUGUCUUGGGGAUUUUUUCUCCAACUGUGACAGAUACACAAGCUGUGAAAGUGGCUUCAAAAAUGGCGACCUCUUCAUGUCCUACAAGAGCAUGUUCCAGGAUGUCCGGGAUGCCGUCGACUGGGUCCACUUCAAGGGUACUCUGAAGGAGAAGACGGUGGAGAACCUGGAGAAAUAUGUCGUGAGGGAUGGGAAGCUGCCUCUUCUCCUCAGCAGAAUGAAUGAAGUAGCCAAAGUUUUCUUGGCUACCAACAGCGACUACAAAUACACAGAGAAAAUCAUGACCUACCUGUUCGACUUCCCCCAUGGCCCCAAGCCUGGAACCUCCCACCGGCCUUGGCAGUCCUACUUCGAUCUGAUCCUGGUAGACGCCAGGAAGCCGCUCUUCUUCGGAGAGGGGACGGUGCUCAGACAAGUGGACACGAUAACAGGGCGUUUAAAGAUAGGAACCUAUACCGGACCGCUGCAGCACGGCAUCGUCUACUCCGGAGGUUCCUCCGACAUUGUGUGCGACCUGCUGGGGGCCAAGGGGAAGGACAUCGUGUACAUCGGGGACCACAUCUUCGGAGAUAUCCUCAAGUCCAAGAAGCGUCAAGGCUGGAGGACUUUCCUGGUUAUCCCCGAGCUCGCCCAGGAGCUGCAUGUGUGGACCGACAAGAGCUCGUUAUUCGAGGAACUGCAGGGCCUGGACAUUUUCUUGGCAGAACUAUACAAACAUCUGGACAGCAGCAGUAAUGAGAGGCCAGACAUCAGCACUAUUCAGAGGAGAGUCAAGAAAGUGACCCAUGACAUGGACAUGUGUUACGGCAUGAUGGGUAGUCUGUUCCGCAGCGGCUCCAGACAGACGCUGUUCGCCUCUCAGGUGAUGCGUUACGCCGACUUGUACGCUGCCUCGUUCAUCAACCUGCUGUACUACCCCUUCAGCUACCUCUUCAGAGCAGCACACGUGCUGAUGCCCCACGAGUCGACGGUGGAACAUGCCCACGUGGACAUCGACAUGGAGUCGCCGCUGGCAACACGCAACCGCACCCACUGCAGCGACUGCAAGGACCUGGAGUGCAAGCGCAGCCAGCUGACCCGCUCCUUCAGCGAGAUCAAACCCCCCAACCUGUUCCCCCAGACUCCCCAGGAGAUCACUCACUGCCACGACGAGGAUGAUGAUGAAGAGGAGGAGGAGGAGGAGGAGGAAUAGGCUGGACAUGGAGAUGAAAGGCACUUCCUGCUCCUUCCUUCUCAUGUUUCCCAGUAGAGUCGGGUAGUUGUCUCUAAAUGUGAGGCAUCUCCAGUGUGUGUAUGUGUGUGUAUAUCAAUUCUGUAUGCACACACACACACACUGGAGAUUUCUGAGGAAAGUAGAAACGGACCAGUAGCUAUCAUAUGACUGUCAGAAGACUGUAUGCAUGCUCGGUCCUCUCAAAGCUAACCUUUCCUAGCUUCCUUAUAUAUAAAAAAAGAAACACUUUAUGAUUUGUUUUUAAUGCCCUUGAUUAUAUUUCUAUUUUAUUUCCCCCGUCAGAUUUACAGAACAUCACAUACUGUUUUUAUAAUCUGACUCUAAAGGCCCGCUGGUGGAUGAAGUAGAUCGCGUAGAGCCAUCACAUAGUGUUCGGUAACGGAAGAAAAAAACACUGUUCAGCUUCAGUGUAAAAAAAAAAGAUGCACACUGUAUUAAAACACUUUCCUUUCUUUUUAUGCAACAUGGGAACAAUGAUCAGUUUGCCAUCUGUUUGCUUUCUUUUUGUCUCUAUCAAUAUUUUGAUGCGUGUGUGUGUGUCUCUGUGUUUAUGUCUCACUCAGAGCGCAGAAUCCUGAGUGACGGUAAGCUAAGAAUGCCUCGUACUAAACUGAAGCACAAGCCGGCAUUAAACGGAUGCUUUUAUUUUUGGUUGAGAGAAAACACGUUGAACUGAUAUUUUGUUACCAGGCAACAGUGAGGACUGUAUUAUGCCUCUACAGCAAUGUUGCUGGAAAUAAUGUGCGGUUUAAAGCCACCAGCUGUUAACAUGCAGUAUUUCCUCUGCACAGUUAAUUUGAACGAUUGCAUUUGUCUUUUAUUUUGAAAGGGGAGAUAUUCCAGUCCUAAUUUAGAGAUGUGAUCCUUCUGGUGUGUAGAGUGAAAGUGACCUUAGUAUGCAAGGUAAUAAGGUCUUUUCAGGAUGUAAAGUAUACAGAUAACUUUAGAUUGUGAUUCCUCUUUGGUUUUGGGGCUUUGUUGGGUGUCUGCUAUCCUCUGGGGGAAACACAUUAGCCUCCAAACACUGUGAAGUGACCGUUUUCAUCUGAAUGCUAAUGUAAGCUCUGUUAGCAGCUGAGAACUGGAUGAUGAUUAAGUGCUUGAGUUCACAUUUGCAUGGCUAAAAGUCAACAAGUUAACAAGAUAAAUCUUUUGGUUUCUUUAUGAAGAUUUAAACUCUGAAAAAGCUCAGCUUAUAUGCAUCAUCGGCAGGAUGUUGUGGGAUUUUAUUGACAGUAAAUUAUUUCCCAUCCAUUCAUUUUUUUGUGGAGUGGCAACACCAGGAGUUUGAAUUCAUGACAAGACAUUUUUUUUUAUGCCUGUGUGAGGUGGAAAACACCAUCAAAACGGGACAAAGUGCAAUGUAAGUUUUUAAAUACAAUGUCUUGUUGCAUGCUGUCCUCCUGCAAUGACACCACCAACGGCUGGAUUCAACUCCUGAUAUAUGCAGAACAGCAGUGUAUAGAAACUAACAUGCUUACAAAUUAGCAUUAGCAUCAGAUUUGGAUUUAUAUGUUCCUAAAUUCUGAUUGGUUACCAGAAGUAUGCGACAUCUCCUGUUUUAAACAGAGCCCCGCCCACUUCAAACUACUGGGAAGAGCACAGAGACCAACAGAAACUCCGAUAUCUGUUAUGUGAAACACAACUGUUUUAAGUAAAAAAGUGUGUUCAUUUAAAGACCCCAUCACCCAUGAUCAUAUAUUGUAUAGAUCUUUAAUGUUAAUUUGUGUCCGUUAAACCUGUAUGUCCAAAUGCAUCAGGGUUGCAGAACACCAACAGACCUGCCUUUAUUUCAAACACAUUUAUUGUUAACCAUUGUAUCCCGUAUGUAAACGUUCCUUACCUUUUUAUAUUUAGUCCCUACAUGCUGUAUUGAUACUGUAAGUGUUGGAGCGGCCUGUUGAUCUAGGCAACAAAAGGGAAGAAACAUGCCAUCUACUUUUGGCAUCAUUUUUUUGGUUUGGCCUUGAUGUGCUGUGGAGACUGAUACUGCUACUCAGUGGAAGAUGUAGAACAUUCAGAAACAUAACAGCUCUUUUAUUCCUUGAUAUUUCCUCCUCUUUCUUUACAAAUGAAAUAUUUGUAUUUUCAUUUUGUUUCGUGACCAUAGAAUAACUGGAUAUGCGACGCCAGGCAGCGGCACCGCAAAUCGUCUUUUCUUUGCAUAUUUUGCAUAUGCAUGUGAACAUGACAAACUGCUAAGGUGGGGGUUGUGGCAGCAGUGGUUUGACUUCUAUGUGGACUGCACCGUUGUAGGAAAGCUUUUGUCUUUGUAGUUUACAUGGGGAGAAAAACUGCAAACCUGUAAAAUAAAAAGAGAAUAAAGCCGUGCAGUGAGGGGAAAUGUGAAUAGCAUGUUCAGAACUGUAGCUGAUAUGUUACUUGUUAUCAAUACCAUAGGGUUAUUUUUAUUUUUCUAAGCUAGUGUUUUUAAACGGCCCUGGUUUACAGAACUGUAAAUAGACCUUUCCAUUUUCUUUUCGUACCUUUUUUUUCAAAAUAACUUUUCUUUUUGUCACCUUUUAUACAGCACCACACACCUUUGUCGUGUAGACUAACUGCAUCCUGGCAAAUAUGUUCCAGUACUUUAGAUUUUGACCCAUUGUUGUGAUGCCCUGAUGCAUCCACGUUAACAGGUGCCAAGACAUUCACCUUUCAUUUUCUAAACUAUCUUUUGUUGUUAUGCAUAUCACUUCAUGUUCUCCCGAACAGUGUUUUGUUUGUUUGUUUCCAGAACUUAUCCUACAGACUGUACAUUGAGGUAAAUGACAUAAAAAUGUAGAAUAAAGAUAGUUUUUCAUAA